GGAUAUCCUUGAUGAGGAAUUCAGAUAUAAUCAACGCUUCCUCGAUCAGGAGCUUAUUGAUGACCUUUACAAAAUAAUGGUUGAGUUUGUUGAUUGGGAUACAUAAUACAAUGCAUACUGACGCUUCUGGUACGAAUGUGACGGCGAGAAGAGUGACGCCCGGCGAAUUCGAUCUUCAAUCUGUGCGCAAGUACUACUGGUUCCCUCUCAGUGGUCAACACAAUGUUGCGGCGGCGAGGAAAUGUUCUCAAGAACGCCCUGACAUCGCCCGUGAGCUCCGUUUGGAUUGCUGGACUGCAAGGCCUGUUUACUAUCCGGAUAGGAGCAUGGAAAAUUACUGCACCUUGAGCACUUUCCAAAAUGCGAAGGACAAAUGGAAUACUCCUCCGCACCAGAUUGCUAUCAUUAAGAACAUACCAAAGUUGUGGCAAGCAGCCGGUCAUCCAGAAGCUAUAGGCGGAUCUGCUGCAGAAGUAAAAAAUAAGGAUUACAGAGAGUUUGCGGCGAUGGCUCUGCACGCGACCGGGAGUGAUCAUUUGGUUACUCUUUUACUUCAAGCUUGGAGCAAGGAGUGGUCCGACGUCCUCGGGCCUUACAUGAUAUCAGCAAGGGCGACGGACAAUAUGUUCGAGAAGGUGCAACAAGUGUAUUCUACUUGGGAGAGUGGACAGUUGUCGGGGAGAGAUGGUGUGAAGCCUGCCAUCAAACAUGGUGAAUCGGGGAAAGCGCCAAGACCUGGCCCUGGAUUCGAGUUGGAAAAAGGAGUCAAGGUUCCAGUGCACUGGAUUCAGGGGACUGGAGGACCUGGUUACCUCGUGGCUGUGCGCGAUCCGGAUGUUAGAUCAUGGAAGGCUAUGUCUACGUUGGGGAGGCGUGAGAGGCUUCAGCUGUUGCGAGACAUUCUCGCGGGAAGUGUCGUACUGGCUCCAAGGCUAAGUAAAGUUGCUCACACUGCCGGGAAACAUUCGAUGGAGACAUACGUGGAAAUGGUGAAGCGGGAAAGAGCAAUGUUGAGAAUGUUUCACUACUUCGUCUUCAUUUCUGACCCUCACAAGAAGCCGUCAGAGUGGAAGGAACCAUUCUUCUACAACCUUUCUCAUUUGUUCGCUAAGUAUUGUGAUCAAGGAUUGACAUCGGAGAGGUGGAUCGACCAGCGAUGGCAUUUCAAAGAAACGAGUUGGGUGCGGUCAUUUCCGGCUACACUUGGAGGCGAGGAUGAGAAAGGAGAGGAGAGCUUCAAGAAAAUAAAAUCGCUUGCAAACAAAUGCCCCGAAGAGUUCAUUCAAUUUGUCAACAAGUUGUUGCGUAGAUCUGGAACUGGGGGUUCGCAUAGCAUUCGUAUGUCGGGACAAGUGAGAUUUAUAUAUUUCCAUAAACAGGAAGUGACAUUUGUAUUCGUGCCGUUCCGGUGUGAACCGAGUGAUGUUUCAGACGAGAUGGAUUGCAAGGAGAUGUUUAGAGUCGUCAAACACCUGACGUGUCACACAGUCGUCCUGGAUUUGUGCCGCCUGACCCAGAUGGGAUUGGUUUGGGAGCUGUUAAAGAGUCACCGCCUUUGCAUUGUGCUGGAAGGGGAGAGUAUGAAGUUUGAGUUCCUCACUCAGUUCAUUAACAAGAUGGUCAAAACUCGAGAUUACGCCAGCUUUACUAAGACGCCUCCUCGACAUGAUGAAGGGCGUGAUCUCGUCUACAAGGUUGGCCAAAACGUGGUCGAUAUUUGGGAGUUUCUCUUCGAAACAAAGCCACAAGACAGAGGGGAACAUACUUAUGUCCUCAGAAGAAGAAAAGUGGAGAAACUCUUGAGGGGUUAUCAUAAAGCACCAUCGGAGAGGGAGGUUUCAUUUCUCGACCGCUUGGAGACAAUGUACUUCGACCAACAAAUCGGGGCGUUUACAAUCGCAGGUUAUGUGACUUGUUUUGUGGAUGGUGAGGACUUCGAUGCCGACAACUCAGAAGAAGAGAGUGUUGAUGACACUUUGAAAGUGGCUUUGGCAGCUGAGAGGCAAAGAGCUUGUAGCCCGGGUUCGCAGAGAAUGGGUGUUCCAGGCACAUCGUCCGGUUCUGGAGGAGCUUCGAGCAUGGCGGUUUCAACGGAUAAGUUACUGACUCAGCCGCCGACUUCUUCUAUUGUUACACCGACUCAGAUGGCGGACAAUACGAUGAAAGUGGCAUCCGGAGGCAGUCUGGAUCCGACUGUUCGAGCAAUGCUCUCUUUAGAGUUGGUGGCAACUCAGGCACCAUUUGCACACAGCCCAAGUACUAUUAUGGAAUUGCUACGCUCUCGAACUCCACAACAACCUCCACCUGAUGAGCCUUUGGAGUACGAGAUUGGAGACACAAUCCCUACAGACAUUCGACUGCUUCCGGGGCCUAUAGUGUGUCGAGACGAUUAUAUGGUGACGGAUGAUGCCACAUGGGGUCAUCACAUCAUAUGGCACCCCCAACACUUCCAACCUGCAUUGGCGAGAGGGAGUGGCUUGAGUAUCUGGAAGAGUUCUAUGAUAGACAAACCAGUCCGGCUUAUGGAUAUUAUUGACAUGUCAGAGAAGAUCUUGGGGAGAGGAAAAAAUCAAGCGGCGGUGGUGACCAUGGCAAGGGAUUCGGAUCGAGCGGAGGUGCGCAUGACAAAGGAUUGCGAUCGGGGAGCGGUGCAAGUGACAAGGGUACGGAACCGAAUGACGGUGCAAGCGGCAAGGACGCAAGUCGUGGGGAACGGCAACAAACCGAAAAGUCUAAGGGGCGUCAAGCAACAGAAGGCAAAGGAUCAGCACCAAGCAGCGGUCGGCAUGGCAAACCUACAGGACCAAGCGGCGGUGGUUCAACUGUCGAAGGGUCUCAGGGGCCUCAAGAAACAGAGCGCAAGGGAUCAGGAUCGAGUGGUGGUUCAACUGUCGAAGAGUCCCACGGUCGAGUCGAACACGACAGUGGCCUCGCAUUGGAGCGUUCCCGGCUUGACCAAGCGAAGAGUCACACGGUCGAGUCGAACCCAACAGUGGGAUCGGAAACGAUCGCCGGUGCGACUGGCAGGGCUUCGAGACCACGGGGGGGCAGUACAACUAUCGGCGGUGCUUCACCUGUCAAAGAGUCACACGGUCGUGUCGAACACGACACUCGUCCAGCAUUCGAGCGCUCGCGGCUUGACCAAGCGAAGAAAGUCACUGUCGAGUCGAACCCGACAGUGGGAUCGGGAUCAAUCGCCGGUACAAGUGGCAAGCCUUCGGGACCAAUCGAGGUUGCUUCACUUGUCGAAGGGUCACACGGUCGAGCCGAACACGACAGGGGUCCACUAUUGGAGCGCUCCUAGCUUGACCGAGCGGAGAAACUCGUGAUUGAGUCUAACCCGACACAGCAACGGGGAUCG